GAGCUGCCGACGCGCCGUGGCUCUGGUCCCGAGGCCGUGGCGCCGGAGAGAGCCAUGGAGGCGGCCGCAGGGGCGACUGGCGCGCGCGGAGGUCGGAGGUCGGAGCAGGCGCCGCCGCCGCCACAGCAGAGCCCGCCAUCCCGCCGCUCGGAGCAGUAACCACCGCCGUGUCCCGGCGACGCUGGCCAGGACCGAGCUCCCGGACCCGACCCCUGCCCGCCGCCAGCUUCCGGGACCCUCCUGAGCCCCGCCGGCCUGGCCCGAGCCCCUUCCUCCCUAGUGCCCCCUUGAGCUGCCCGGGGCGGCGGCCGGAGGCGCUCCGGAGUCCCCGGCUCCCCCAUCCCGGCGGCUGGCGCCGUUAGUAUGCCCGCCUUCCCCGCUGCCCCCCGGGUGCCUUCCCCACGCGGCUCGCGAGACGGGACCGGGCCGGGAGUCUGAGCGGCGUCGCCCGGGCUGGUGCCGGCCCGGCCCAGUGCGUACUGAGCCCCCUCGUCGCCCCGCGGAAAGAGGGGAGUCUCCGGCCAUGUAUUUCCUGAGCGGCUGGCCCAAGAGGCUGCGGUGCCCUCUGGAGACCCUGGAGCAGCCGCUGCACAUCCAGACCGACCCCCAGAGGGCUUUCUUCGCAGUGCUGGCCCCGUCCCAGCUCAGCAUCUGGUAUAGCAGGCCCAGUGUAUUAAUUGUAAGCUACAAGGAAUUAUCAAAACCAGCUUCUCAGUUUGGACCCUAUAAGCAAGCAGAAUGGAGGCCUGACAGCACCAUGAUAGCUGUUUCAACUGCAAAUGGAUACAUCUUAUUUUUUGAUAUUCCAUCUUCAAGGGACAAGUAUCUUUAUGAGCCAGUGUAUCCCAAAGGAAGCCCACAUGUGAAAGGGACACCACGUUAUAAGGAAGAGCAAUGUGCUCCUUCUUUAACUCUAGAGAUGAAGAAAGUGCUGGAUUUGCAAGCAUCUAUCACCAGUUUGCAGUCCAUGCUGGAGGAUCUACUGGUUGCUACUGCUGAUGGAUUGCUCCAUCUUAUUCACUGGGAUGGCAUGACAAAUGGAAGGAAGGCCAUCAACCUAUCUACCGUACCAUUUUCUGUGGACCUGCAGUCUUCUCGAGGUUCAUUCUUGGGCUUUGAAGAUAUACACAUUAAAGAUAUGGAAUAUUGUGCCACACUUGAUGGGUUUGCUGCUGUUUUUAAUGAUGGCAGAGUUGGUUUCAUUACACCAGUAUCAAGUAGAUUCACUGCUGAGCAGCUCCAUGGUGUUUGGGCACAAGAUGUUUUUGAUGGAACUUGUGUGGCAGUAAAUAACAAAUACAGAUUAAUGGCAUUUGGAUGUGCCAACGGCUCUGUGCAAGUUUACACAAUAGAUAACUCCACGGGAGCCAUGCAGUUGUCUCAUAAAUUGGAGCUGACACCAAAACAAUAUCCUGAUAUUUGGAACAAAACAGGACCUGUAAAACUGAUGAGAUGGUCUCCUGAUAACUGUGUUGUUAUGGUUACCUGGGAUUGUGGAGGCUUGUCCUUAUGGAGUGUUUUUGGUGCCCAGCUUAUCUGUACUUUGGGAGGAGAUUUUGCUUAUCGGUCUGAUGGUACCAAAAAAGACCCUCUAAAAAUCAGUUCUAUGAGCUGGGGUUCAGAAGGCUAUCACCUAUGGGUGAUCGAUGGGAAUUGUUCUCUGAAUGCAGGGUGUGAUAUAGAUACCAAGAAUGAAGCUCAUCAGCUUGGUAUUCUGCAAUUUCAGUUCAUCAAGAGUGCACUCACUGCUAACACUUGCAUGAGUAACCAGGAGCAGGUCCUCCUGCAAGGGGAAGAUCGCUUGUAUUUGAACUGUGGGGAUGCAACACAGGCCCAGAAUCCCAGAAGUGCUUCAGCACACUCUGAUCAUAAGCCCAUCAGGGAAAGAGGCCCAUUUUUGGAGGGCAGUUUAGAUUCUCAGGGUUUAAGCACUUUAUUAGGACACAGGCAUUGGCAUGUUGUACAGAUUCACAGUACAUAUCUAGAGAGCAACUGGCCUAUAAGGUUUUCAGCCAUUGACAAGCUGGGGCAGAAUGUAGCUGUUGUUGGCAAGUUUGGUUUUGCACAUUAUUCUUUACUCACCAAAAAAUGGAAGUUGUUUGGGAAUAUUACCCAGGAGCAAAAUAUGGUUGUAACAGGUGGCAUAGCCUGGUGGAAUGAUUUCAUUGUUCUUGCAUGUUAUAAUUUAAGUGACCGCCAAGAAGAGCUAAGAAUCUACCUGCGAACAUCCAAUCUGGACAAUGCAUUUGCACAUGUCACCAAAGUGCAGGCAGAAACAUUACUACUCAGUGUCUUCCGGGAUAUAGUAAUAUUGUUUAGAGCAGAUUGUUCUAUUUGCCUUUAUAGUAUUGAAAGACAGCCUGAUGGUCCUAACCCUACUGCCAGUAUUCAAGUUCUUCAGGAGGUAUCCAUGUCUCGUUACAUUCCUCAUCCUUUCCUUGUAGUUUCUGUAACUCUGACAUCAGUGAGAACAGAGACUGGUAUCAGCUUGAAAAUGCCACAGCAGGCCUGUGAGGCAGAAAGCAUUAUGUUAAACUUAGCAGGACAACUCAUCAUGGUACAAAGGGAUCGGUCUGGCCCCCAGAUAAGAGAGAAGGACAGCAGUCCUAACCAAAGGAAACUUCUGCCUUUUUGUGCUCCAGUUGUGCUAGCCCAGUCGGUUGAAAAUGUUUGGACUACCUGCAGGGCAAACAAACAAAAGCGCCACUUACUGGAGGCACUCUGGCUCAGCUGUGGUGGGUCAGGUAUGAAAGUCUGGCUUCCUUUGUUUCCCAGGGAUCACCGCAAACCACAUUCCUUUUUGUCAAGACGGAUCAUGCUGCCUUUCCACAUCAACAUAUACCCCUUGGCUGUUCUGUUUGAAGAUGCCUUGGUUCUUGGUGCUGUCAAUGACACUGUACUCUAUGACUGUUUAUACACUCACAGCAGUGCUAGACAACAUUUGGAGGUCCUCUUUCCUUUCUGUAUUGUUGAGAGAACCUCUCAGAUCUACCUCCAUCACAUUUUGCGCCAGCUUUUGGUUAGGAACCUAGGAGAACAAGCCUUGCUUUUGGCCCACUCCUGUGCCACAUUACCUUACUUUCCUCAUGUGCUAGAACUGAUGCUUCAUGAAGUGCUGGAAGAAGAAGCUACCUCGCGGGAGCCCAUUCCCGACCCUCUGCUUCCCACUGUGGCUAAGUUCAUUACAGAGUUCCCCCUUUUCCUGCAGACAGUUGUGCAUUGUGCUAGGAAGACAGAAUAUGCCCUGUGGAAUUACCUUUUUGCUGCUGUUGGAAACCCAAAAGACUUAUUUGAGGAGUGCUUAAUGGCCCAGGACUUAGACACAGCUGCCUCUUACCUUAUUAUCUUACAGAACAUGGAAGUUCCAGCAGUUAGUAGGCAGCAUGCCACUCUUCUGUUCAACACUGCCCUGGAGCAGGGGAAGUGGGACCUUUGUCGUCACAUGAUCAGAUUUCUUAAAGCCAUUGGUUCUGGUGAAUCAGAGACUCCUCCGCCUACACCCACAACUCAGGAACCCAGCUCAACUGGUGGCUUUGAGUUCUUUAGACAUCGCAGCAUUAGUUUAUCCCAAUCAGCAGAGAAUCCUCCUAACAAAUUUAAUCUACAGAAAACACUGAGCAUGCCUUCUGGGCCAUCUGGGAAAAGGUGGAGUAAAGACAGUGACUGUGCUGAGAACAUGUACAUUGAUAUGAUGCUCUGGCGUCAUGCUCGACGCUUGCUGGAGGAAAUCAGGCUUAAAGACCUUGGCUGCUUUGCUGCACAACUAGGCUUUGAGCUGAUUGGCUGGCUGUGUAAGGAGCGAGCCCGGGCUGCCCGUGUGGAGGAUUUUGUGAUUGCCUUGAAGAGACUACACAAGGAUUUUCUCUGGCCGUUUCCAGUCAUACCAGCUUGCUCUGUUAAUUCACCUUUCAAGAAUGGAAAGUACAAGACAGCUGUUGGAGAGCAGCUGCUCAAGUCCCAGUCUGCAGACAGUUUUUUAAAUGUGGAAAUGGACACAGGGGUCUCAAGUGCACCUCAGAGUCACAGCUGGCUUAGCACCAUCAAUUCCUCCCAGAGAGAGAUGGACACAGUUUCAUCCCAUGGACCUCAUAUGCAAGAUGCAUUCCUCUCUCCUUUAUUUAAUAAAGGUGAUGAAUGCAGCAUUGGUUCAGCAACAGACCUGACGGAAACAAGUUCUAUUGUGGAUGGUGACUGGACCAUGGUGGAUGAAAACAUCUCCACUCUAAGUUUAACACAGUCAGAGCUGGAACAUAUCUCUCUGGAAUUGGCUAGUAAAGGGCCACACAAGUCACAGGUCCAACUACGGUAUUUGCUACACAUCUUCAUGGAAGCAGGAUGUCUGGACUGGUGCAUUAUCAUCGGCCUUAUUCUCAGAGAAUCUUCAAUAAUCAACCAGGUUUUUACCUUAAUGCAGUCUUCUGAUGCUGAUGGAGAGAUCUGGCAGAAUAUCAAGACUGGGCUACAUGCUGUAGACAGAUGGGCUUCCACAGAUUGAUUGCAGUCUCUUUUCUUCCUGUGUGUUUGUACAAGACCUGGAACACUGGGGCCUUGAUCCUGUCUGAGGCUUUUCGGUGCCACUGCAAUAUACUGAUUAAAUUUUCAAUGCAACUAGAAACUUAUCACUUUCCAUUUUUACUAAUUACAGAACACAGUGCUGUGUUUUGCACUAUUACUUUGUAAGUUUUAAAAUUCUUUUGAAUAAAUGAAGGGACCCUCCUAUUACAAUAUAUAAUUUGGUAUUUUGACAAUGUUCCACUACUUGGGUCUCCAUUUACAUUGACUUCAGUAAGAGUUUAGGCACUCAGAAGAGAAUUUACCUUAGCAGCUUCCCUAAAGAAAUCCACAGGGAAGACAGCUCUGUAACAGUCUGUUAUAAUGCAGAGUCCCCUGAAACAAUGGUGUCUAUUUGAAUUGCUGUCACUGUUUGACCCCAUGUGCUUUACGCAAGAGCUCAAAUAGGUGUGCCUACAGUAAUGAUUUACUGCUGAAGCCUAGAGGGCAGAAUGUGAAUGAAGUGCUAUUUUUAGUUCACUGCAUAGUUACCUCUUCCUUCUUUGUUCUUUAGCCCUGGGUACAAGCCAUUUUUAAAUGUCAUCAAGCCACAGCUCCAGAAACUAAGCGAGAUAUCAGAAGAGCAAGUGCAGCCUGAAGCUUUUCAACCAGUGAACCCUUGUAAGGUUACUGAACAAGCCAGCCCAAGGGCAGAGGAAAGCCGGAGUUUGAGCUGCCAUAGCACUAGCCCUCAGAGCGAUAGUGGAAGUAACAGUGUGAGUCGACAUGAAGAGGACAUGUCUGGGGCAGAGGAGGAGGAUCCUCUCCAGGAGGGAAGUUAUGAGUGCACUGUAUCCUAACAUGAUUUUAGUUGCUGGAGAGAUGGUAGAUAAGUACACAAAUUAUCAGGAUUGUAAGGAAGCAAACCAGCUUUCAGACAUGCUUCCCUGGGUUGAACUUUAAUGUUUGAUUUCUACAAGCGUUGAAUAGAGAAUGUCAGAUCCAUGGAUGUGUAUAAGGUGACCUCAGAUAAGCAGCUCACAACACCUACAACUGAAACCAAGAGAAUCGUUAUGUGAAAAGAGUUGGUCUUAUUGUGAAGACGACUUGUUCUUCCUCUGUCCUUCUCUAAAUUGAGCUUGCUCUUCUGGUACUGAAUAUUGAUUGCAGAAGGACAGCAAUAGGCAUCAAUGCAGAUUUUAUUCUAUUUUAACAUCCGUUUCAUGAGUCCCUUUGCCAUAUGUGUCACCUAAUUUGGACAACCUUCUGAAUAUCUCCUAUAUAAUGAGAGAAAGCAAGAGAUGACUUCUGUUUUAUAAUCAUCGACACCUUGCCUGUUUUUCCUGUCAGACUUUAAAAUAUAAAUUGUAAGAUGAAGGUAGUUAAAAAGUUAUGGCCUGAGUCAACUGGGAUCUAAGUGUUUAUGCUGUUUGAUAUCACUAAAUAUUUUGUAUUAAAGAAUUGUAAAGUGUAUGUUUUUGUGAAUAUUCUUGUAUAAAUAUUCUCAAGGGUGUGCUGUUCAUGCUCUUGGGGUUGUACCAUAUUUUAAGGUACCUGUGUAUUUUGCAUGGUUAUAGCUAACUGGUAAAAUUAAAGCAGAGUUGCACUUCCUUCUGGAUGUGGCAUACUUUUACUCUGACCUAUCAUUAGAGUAACAUUUUAAAAGUGGCUUGAUUUUUUUACCCUUGGCCACUCUGACCUACAAUUAAUUUUAAGAUUACUGAAGGGUCUUAUUUAUUUCAUGUGUAAAUUCCUUUCACAAGAAUGGAUUUUUUUUAUGUAAAUAGAAUCACUUAUGUACUGUUACUAAAUUUUAGUAAUAUGUAAGCAGUGCAUACUUACAUUUUUUCAAACAUUUUAUAAUGUGUAAUUAAGAUUUUAUUAUAACUUUCAGCCACUGUUAUGAAAGCUGGCUGCGGAAGUCUCAUAGCUGCUUUGAGGUGCUUAUUUUCCUAGCUGCUGUCCCCCAAUAUAUGUAAUAUUAAAUACCUGUAACAGUAUUACAAUUUAGAUAUUAGCUUGUUUGUACUGUGCAAUCUGAAUAAAAUAAUGCACCAUUACUUAUUUUAUACAAAAUUCCACUAGCUUAUUUUUAUGCUGUAACUACCACUUGGUAAAAAAACAAAAUCAAUAGUCUCCCACUGCUGCUGUUCCUAUUCAAAUUCUGAAAAUUUAUUCUUCACACUUAAGACAGGUCAAGUUUUUCACAAGGGUGAAGUAAGUGGCUGGUUGCACUUCUUGCUUAUUUAUGUUUUAAAGAGUUUAAUAAUGGUGUCUGCUGUAGGUGUAAUUUUGAUUGCUUUAAUUUGUCUUACAUGCAGUAAAACUUCAAAUCCUGUUUUGGGGGAUAGAUACCUGCCUAGUAAAUAAAGCAUACUAAUGUCAGUUAUCUGAAGUAUGUUCUUCCAUCCAAAUUAGGGGACUUGAACAAUAAAACAGUUGUAUUAA